AACGACAAGUGCAACGAGUACUUGUGCCCUGACACCUUAGUGUGUGUUUCUGGACCGGCUGAAUGCCCUUGCCCGUUCCCGGACUCUCAGUUGAAGUGUGUGUUGCCAGGCGAUGCCAACUACGUGUGCAUCUCCAAGCCAGAAACUGCCAAGGAGGUUAGGGACUGUGCUUGGGUCAUGAAGGCCUACGAAGGGUUGAUUUAA